GAAACUGGAACUUCCCCCCAUACCCUCGGUUGGGGAAAGGUGACCCCUUCAGUCACCUACAACUUUGCUGGGACCCUCCAAAGCCCACUCUCCAUGGAAUUUGCCUUUGAUGCUGAAAGACACGUGACCCGCCCAUCCAUCCUUCUGACUUCUGAGCUGUGAUUCCAUGGCCACACAACCUUGUGGCUCCAUGUCUCCCCCAUUCCAGGAUCCUCCAUGGCCCCAUGACUACCUGAUCCCCAUGGCCUCAUGACCCCUAACCUUCCAUGUGAUCACAGCCUGGACUUUGACCCCAGUGAUUGCUCUUCCCCUCCAGUCCUGUGACUCUGGCCCCAGCUGCCUUUGGGGUCCUGUUGGACUGAACUUACCCAGGAAGAUGUGGGGGAGGCUCUGGCCCCUCCUCUUCAGUUUCCUCACAGUAACAGCAGUCCCUGGACCCUCGCUGCGGAGACCAUCCCGAGAGCUAGAUGCCACCCCACGGACAACCAUCUCCUAUGGAGAGCUCUCCCAGAUCCGGCACUUCAAGGGCCAAGCUCAGAACUAUUCCACACUCCUGCUGGAGGACGCUUCCGAAAGGCUGCUGGUGGGAGCUCGAGGUGCCCUGUUCUCUCUCAGUGCCCGUGACAUAGGAGAUGGGGCUCACAAACAGAUCCACUGGGAGGCCUCCCCAGAGAUGCAGAGCAAGUGUCACCAGAAAGGGAAAAACAACCAGACGGAGUGUUUCAACCACGUGCGGUUCCUGCAGCGGCUCAAUGCCACCCACUUUUAUGCAUGUGGGACCCACGCCUUUCAGCCCCUCUGUGCGGCCAUUGACGCUGAGGCCUUCGUCUUGCCUACUAGCUUGGAGGAGGGAAAGGAGAAAUGUCCUUAUGACCCCGCCCGUGGCUUCACAGGCCUCAUCAUCGAUACAGACCUCUACACAGCUACACGGUAUGAAUUCCGGAGCAUUCCUGACAUCCGCCGGAGCCGCCACCCACACUCUCUGAGAACUGAGGAGGCACCCAUGCACUGGCUCAAUGAUGCUGAGUUUGUAUUCUCUGUGCUGGUGCGGGAGAGCAAGGCCAGUGCCGUGGGUGACGAUGACAAGAUUUACUACUUCUUCAUGGAACGUGAAGAAGGUUCUAGCAGCUUCACGCAGAGCCGCAGCAGCCACCGUGUGGCUAGAGUAGCCCGUGUGUGCAAGGGAGAUCUGGGAGGGAAAAAGAUCCUGCAGAAGAAGUGGACGUCCUUCCUGAAGGCUCGUCUCAUCUGUCACAUCCCACAGUACGAGACACUACGUGGCGUCUGCAGCCUGGACGCCGAUACAUCGGCCCACACACACUUCUAUGCAGUCUUCACACUGACAACACAGUGGAAGACCCUGGAGGCUUCAGCCAUCUGCCGCUAUGACCUGGCUGAGAUGCAGGCUGUCUUCACAGGCCCCUUCAUGGAGUACCAGGAUGGUGCCCGGCGAUGGGGCCGCUAUGAGGGUGGGGUGCCCGAACCCCGGCCUGGCUCGUGCAUCACAGAUUCAUUGCGCAGCCGAGGCUACAACUCAUCCCAAGACUUGCCAUCCCCGGUCCUGGACUUUGUGAAGUUGCACCCGCUGAUGGCUCGGCCUGUGGUGCCCACGCGUGGGCGGCCCCUGCUGCUGAAGCGCAAUGUACGCUACACACAUCUCACGGGAACACACGUCAGCACACCUGCUGGACCCACCUAUGACCUGCUCUUUCUGGGCACAGCUGAUGGCUGGAUCCACAAGGCCGUAGUCCUGAGCUCUGGGAUGCACAUUAUCGAAGAGAUGCAAGUGUUCAGGGAGCCCCAGUCUGUGGACAAUCUAGUCAUCUCUCCCAUGCAGCACAGCCUCUAUGUGGGGGCUGCUAGUGGAGUCAUCCAGUUUCCUCUGUCCAGCUGUUCACGCUACCGCUCCUGCUACGACUGCAUCCUGGCACGGGACCCCUACUGUGGCUGGGACUCCAGCACCCAUGCCUGCAUGGUGGCCACCACCAUAGCCAACAGGUCCCAGGGUUCCAGGACAGCACUGAUACAGGACGUAGAAAGAGGAAAUCGAGGCUGCGAGGGCAGCAGGGGUAUGGGUAGGGCUCUGCAGGUCCAGAUGGCCUCAAUGUCACCACGCUCUGCACAGCUCUGUGUGCUGGGUAGUCAUGAAUUCAGACAAGACCUCUCUUACCAGCCACCUGAGUCCUGCUUACAUUCACAUGUGCACAUGGAAGAAUGUUUAUCAGCUGGGCUGCAGUGUCCCUUCCUCCUCCUGGUGCAUCCUAGUUUCAUUCCUCCCAGAUCCGGGGCACCCUCCCAAUUGUCACCCUCCUGUCUAGUCCUCUUUCCAGUCCCAGCCCCAUGUGGUAACCCUUUGGCAAGAAGACUGGGAAUAGGCCAGCCUGGGAGGUAAGAAACACCCUCCCCUCUUCUCCCUUCCUGUGUAGCCCUCGUGAGUCAGCCUACUGGCUCCUCUCCUCUCAUUCACACGCUGAGUGCCAGCGCUCCAGGCAUGUGUUGUGUGUUCCCCCCCAUGCAUAUGUGGAAACACACCCAUAUCUCCUGCUCACACCCCCCAUGCAUAUGUGGAAACAUACCCACAUCUCCUGCUCA